ACCAUACUAUGAACCUUACCUUCUAGUUUCUCCCCACACCAUAGAAGUCCUCAUUACAUAUCUCUCUUUUUAUAUCAUCACACACACUCACAUACUAUAUGUUUCCUCAAUCUAAAAUGCAUUCCCUAUACUAAUUAGCAGAAUCCAAAUUAACAAAAUGGGAAAAACUUCAAGGUUCUUUUUAUCACUUUUCGGAUUCAAGAACAACGAUCCACCAACGUCUCGUGGUGAGCAUAAUAAGCAACUAAAACGAAGAUGGAGCUUUGUAAAAUCGAGAAGAGGGAACUCUAGUUUGCCACGUAUUCGUGAGACCUCAAAUUCUCUCGAUUUAACGUCGUUUCAUCAUCAUGAGUGUAACCUCUACGAGAAUGAGGAUCCUAAUAAGCACGCAAUUGAGCUUGCUGCGGCUACAACUGCAGUAGUUGAUGCAGCUGUAGCCGCAGCUCAUGCUUCUAAAGAAGUUGUACGGAUGAUUAGUGCUAGUAGUAGUAGAACAACCGGAUAUAGUGGUCGUGAUAAAUUGGCUGCUAUUAAAAUUCAAUCAUGUUUUCGAGCUUAUUUGGCAAGAAGAGCAUUGAGAGCGCUAAAAGCUUUGGUGAGAUUGCAAGCAGUGGUGAGAGGUCACAUUCUAAGAAAACAAACUGCCGAUAUGAUGCGGCGUUUACAAGCCUUGGUACGGGCCCAAGCACGUGCACGAGCAUUGCGGUCCCAAUUCUAUGAUCCAACAACCAAUUAUAAUAAUAAGCCCAUUUCUCAUUUUUACCAUCAUGGGCCUCCAACUCCUGAGAAAUUUGAACAUCUUCCACAUACUAAACACGACCAUCGACCUAUAUUCAAGAGAAAUAGCUCAAAAACUUAUGACCGAGGUAUAAUGAAUGAUAAGAUUGUUGAAGUAGAUAUUGUUAGAAGAAAGCUCUAUCAACCGGAUCAAGUCAGUUUCGGGUACAGUCAUAGUAUAAGCACUUCAAGAGGGUCAACAUUUCAACCAACAAGCUCAAGCCCUUGUGCAUCUUGUGAAGUGAAUUCUUUUGAUGAUUCAAUAAGAGGAGUUUCUAAGCCUAUUAAGAGUGAUGGUCCGAGAAGUUGCAUUAGUGGGUACUCAGACCAUCCAAACUACAUGGCUUACACCGAGUCAUCACGGGCCAAAGUUAGGUCUUUAAGUGCUCCAAGACUAAGGUCGCAAUUUGAGAUAAGUUCAAAUUCAACAAAAACCGAUUUUGGUUAUAAGUAUGGGUCGGGUAUGCCACGAGUUCCAACCAUAAAGGAUAGUUUUGCCAAGAAGGCCGCCUAUUCGGGGUCGGGUAGGCUUGAUCGGCUUGGGAUUCCGGUCUACGAUAUGGAGGAAAGUGAGUUUUGUGUUAGUUAUUGGAACUAACGCUUCUAAAAAUAGUUUCAUGUUAGAGUUUAUUGUUGUUGCUAAUUUGUAUAUGCGAUGUUACUAUUCUGUUAUAUGAUAUAUUUACCUGUUGUCCAUA